AUGCCUGUGAUUCUUGAAAGCAUCAGAGAUGGUCUGAAAACUAUCAAAAUAAAUCGACCUGAAAGAAAAAACGCUCUUAAUUCAACAGCUUACAGGGAACUAACAAAAAUUCUGAACAAAGAUGCUACAAACGACAAAAUCGUCGUAACAAUUUUAACAGGUAUAGGUGAUUAUUUCUCCAGCGGUAAUGAUUUAGCACCAGUAAUGUCCGAAGAAAUAGAAGUAUCAUUAGACUGUAUAGAAAACAUGGUAAAAACUAUUAUUAACUAUCCAAAAUUACUGGUUUGUGUUGUGAACGGACCCGCUAUAGGAAUUGGGGCUACUUUAGUCACCCUAUGUGAUGUGGUUUAUGCAAGCGAUAAAGCAAUUUUUGAUCUUCCAUUUAUGAAAUUGGGUUUGGUUGCAGAAGGUUGUUCAAGUUACAAUUACCCAUUGAUUUUAGGAAGAAGUGUGGCAUCAGAAAUGAUAUUUUUUGGUCGAAAACUAACUGCACAAGAAGCUCUUAAAUUGGGUUUAGUUUCUAGAGUUAUUCCUCAUAUUGAAUUGCCUAGUUUCGUUGAUAGUUUGCAUCAAUAUGGAAAACUCCCUGUAGAAAAUGUUAAGAGGAAUAAAGCAGUAAUUAUGGAUAAUUUUAGAGAUGUAUUCUUACAAAUCAAUAAAAGAGAGUUUAAAUAUAUUAAGGAAGCUGUAUAUUCUGAAGAUUUUGCAGAAGCAAUUGCAAUUUUUUUAAGUAAAAAAAGUAAAUUGUAA